CUUUUUACAUUCUUGAGCACAUCGCUUCGGUUUACAGCGAUUAGCAUCUACAAUGGCGAUACGUGUAAUUUUGUCGGUCAUGGUGGGAGUGUUGGGUAUAGAAUGAGCGCGUCACAAAAAAAUGAUUUUCGGUUUCUCUUUUCGGUGCCGUCGUCACUGGACACGUGCACCAUCGAUAAUUCCGCUACGAUGAUUCGCUCAGGCUAGAUAACUCCACCAUGGCCAAGAAGGCAGCUAAUAGUAAUACUAGCGAAAAGAAAUCCAGCAGUAAGAAAGGAGAGGAUAAGAAGGGGAAAUCGAAGGAAGAAGUAGAGGAGAAGCCCAAGGGAAAGAGCGCUCUCAAGGCAGCUACUGCUGUCAAUGUACGCCACAUUCUAUGUGAGAAGUAUUCCAAGGCCACUGAGGCCCUUGCGAAAAUACAAGAGGGCGUCGCUUUCAACAAAGUCGCUCAAGAAUACUCUGAAGAUAAAGCAAAAGCCGGCGGCAGUUUGGGAUGGAUGACAAGGGGGAGCAUGGUGGGUCCGUUCCAGGAUGCAGCCUUCGCUUUAGCACCGUCAACAGUCGACAAGCCCGUCGUCUCCUCUCUCGUGAAAACCAACUUUGGGUAUCACAUAAUAAUGGUCGAAGGCAGGCGAUGAGAUUUCGCCGGUACCGAUGAGAGCUAUGGAUGGGCCUUAUCGUAAAGACAUUCUACAAUAUAUCCCGCAGAAGUACCAAAUGGAAUACCAAUACA